AUGACGAGCUAUUUUCAGUCUAUUGGAGCUAGCUCCAGUCGUAGCUCAACUGGGACUCCAUCGCCGGUUUCAACUCCCCUUUUCCCGCCCGCCAGCGCCGCUCAUCGACCUAAUGCUCUGUCCAACCGACUGACAAGCGUCCUUUCGGCCUCCUAUGCCGACUCUGAUAUACGAGAUGCGUUGGAAACUCUAGGUGCUAGAGGUAUUCAAAAUACGCCUGAGACCAGGAGGCAGCUUCGCCUGGACGUGCAGAAGGAGGUCAUCGACUGUAAUGCGGAGAUCGUACGGGAUUUUGGCAAAGUCGCGGAGCAAUUGAAACGGAUUGGGUCAGUGAUCUCUACGCUAAAUCGAACAUGCGAGGAAAUGCGAAAGCACAUCAAUCUCGCCAAACAAGACACAGUCCCGGUUCUCGAGGAGACUAGUGCAUUGAUGAAGCAGAAGGAAGAGACAGAGAUGAAAAAACUGCUUCUGGAUGCGUUUACCGAACAUUUUAUUGUUCCCGAAGAGGAUCUUCUCGUUUUGACAUCUCCCGAAGAGCCAAUCAAUGACCGUUUCUUCAAUGUGCUUGCCAGGGUCAAGCAAGUAUAUCGCGACUGCGAGGUAUUGUUGGGUGGUAAGAGUGAGAGGCUUGGUUUGGAAAUAAUGGAGCAAAGCUCGAAGUAUCUCAACUCGGCAUACCAGAAACUCUACAAAUGGACCCAGAAGGAGUUCAGAUCUUUGAACCUCGAAGAUCCCCGGAUAAGUGGUUCGAUUAGACGAGCUCUACGCGUGCUGGCUGAGCGACCAAGCUUGUUCCACAAUUGCCUCGACUUCUUUGCGGAGGCGCGUGACUAUGUUCUAUCUGAAGCAUUCCAUUACGCCCUCACGCAGGCGGCCUCUGACGUGGGAGGGGAUCAGAACGUCAAGCCAAUUGAAUUCUCUGCGCAUGACCCCCUUAGGUACAUCGGAGACAUGCUUGCCUGGGUGCAUUCGACGACCGUAUCGGAGCGUGAGGCUCUAGAAUCUCUGUUUAUUGCCGAGGGAGAUGAGAUUGCCAAGGGUAUCAAGGCUGGGUUGAGUAGUGAGCCGUGGUCCCGUAUUGACGAGGGUAAUGAGGAAGCAGCUUCAUUUGAUGGACAGAAAGCCCUCAGUGAUCUUGUCAACCGCGAUCUUGGGGGCGUCUCCCGGUCUCUACAACAAAGGGUUGAAUUAGUUAUACAAGGACAUGAAGACCCCAUCACUUGCUACAAAGUUGUUAACAUCCUGUCCUUCUACCGCACUACCUUCUCCAAACUGGUGGGCCCGGGUUCCAACCUAGCACAAUUAAUGCAGACCUUGGAGAAGUUCACAUUUGGCCAUUUUGAAAUUCUCAUCAACGGCCAGACCAAUAUGCUCUCAACUGAUCAUGGCGCCUUGCAGCCUCCUGAGGACCUAUCCGCACCGAAAUUCAUGCUAGACUCACUUGAAGUCUUGACUUCUCUCAUGAAGGCACACGCGGCAUCUUUCAGUGCAGAAGACGACCCGUCAAAGGCGGAUGAUAGUGAAAAUCAAUUCACACCAGUCCUCCGCGUUGCGCUCGAACCCUUCCUGGAACUUGCCAAAUCGUCAUCUGAACAGCUGCAGGACCCAACAAGCCGGACCAUAUAUCAGACCAACGUCUUUCUCGCUGCACGUUCCACUAUAUCCCCAUUCCCAUUCGCCAGUGCCACACAUUCGAAACCCCUUUCGAUAACCCUGUCCACUCUACGGGUGGACCUCCUCAAAAUCCAACAUGAAUACCUCCUCCGCACGUCUGGGCUACAGGUUCUAUUAGAGGCAUUGGAAGCAUUCACCAAGACCAAACAGCUCCACUCAUCAGAGCCGGAAAUUGAGAAUGAGGGAAAACAACCAGAACCAUCACCAUCACAACAGCAGCAACCGCCGAAUUUAGCCGAUAUUGCAUCCCUCCCACCAUUCCAACCAGAGGCCCUCACGCUCACCAGCCAACAACUCGAUGACUUCCUCCCUUCCGCCCUCGUAGACGCGACGGAUAACUUGAAACGCCUCCAGAGCGCCUCCCUUGUGAAGAGCGUUACAGAGGAAGCAGUCGAGGCAUUCUGUCGGGACUUCGAGUUCAUCGAGGGCAUGAUCAUCGGGGCUGAUGAGGCCAGGGGGAAAGUGGACAUCAGCAUUCGAUCUGAGGUUGAGAGUCAGAGCGUUCUUAGUGGUGGAACUGGUAGGCAUGUAGAGGACGAGGACAAUAUGGAUUGGAGUUUGAGGGCUUCGUUUCCUAGGACCACGGGAGAGAUCAGGGUUUUGUUAAGUUAGUUUUUGUAUAUAUGUCCUUUUUCUUCUUUUGGUUAAAUAUUUAAAAACCAGAUAAAUUAUGAAAAUUUCUAUUGCUUUUAUUGGCGUUGGGUUAGAGUUGUACAUACAGUACGUGCUCGGAGAUGGUUCUUUUUUGUCUGGCAGUGUCGAGGUUUCUUAUCAUCGGCAAAAAAACAAUACUAUGACUGUCGGACUAUAAUCCCAUACGGAUCUCGAUCUCGUUCGCUGACAUCAACGACAACCGUAUCGUCCCUGAGUGCAUCCUCCACGCCACUGGCAGUUCCAGCACCUCCCUGCUUUGCGUUCUCUCCCAAUGCUUCCAGACCCGCUUUCCGGGCAGCCUCCCACUCCCCUUUUAAAGAAUCCGCUAACUUCUGCCGCAUGACCGCAUGUAAAUAUCCCCUUUCAGUGUUAGAGUGAGACAGCGCGAUGACUGCAGAGCCUCGUUCAAUCACCGCCAAUGCAUCGUGGUGACUCAAUUCGCCGGUAAAUACAAGAUCAGGAAUAUUACCGCGGUCGCGGCUGAGGAUGACACUGGAACCAGAACCAGGGCAUAUGCCAACGGUACGGAUCUGCAUGGUGUCCAAGGAUGCCGAUUGAGGUAAGGCUACGGGGAUCCCGGCCGGGUUGCCAACACCUUGAGCGACACGAUCAAUAAUAGCUGCAAGCGGCUGGGGAGUAGAGAAAGUGACAAGACGACCGGCCCCGGCGGAUUCGAACCCUUCUGGGACCGGCGGUGGAGAGGGGUGAAUUGUGCUGCGGACAUGGGGGAGCGCAGUAGCUGGAGAGACAGAGCGUUGCGAUUGCGGAUAUACUGGAUGCGAGUAAUUGUGAGAAGAUGACUUUUCUAUACUAGGGGGGGUAGUGCCCGGCGAAGACGAGACGAUGGCUCCGGUAACAACAUCGCACAGCCAAUCUGUCAUUCCUCCGGGUACAGAAUCUACAGCUGUGUGUGGAGAAUAGACGCUGAUGCCUUCCUGUGCCAAUCUGAGAAGCGACUGCUGUUGGGGGUCAUUGAGUGUGAGGGAUUUGAGGCCGCGGAAAAUGAUCGGAUCUUCAUGUAUAGGAACAUAUCCAGGUCAGCUCGAGAUGCCCUCUUUUUGUUCGAAGCAUGUGUAAAAGGGUCGAAAGCAUACGGUAGGCGACUACUACUGAAUCCCCGCGGUCAAUAGCUUCAUCGGCGACAGCUUUUGUGAGAUCAAUGGCCAAUAACACUGAAUUUUUCCGUCUUCGCUGAGGAUUGAAGGGUGCUUCAAGAAGUACUGGGAGGAUGUUCUGUAAGCCACGUUGAACCCGUAUACGGUGUCGACGAAAGCAAAGAGCUUACGGCCGGUAUUAUCAAAGCUCUUAUCUGCCAAAGAUUCUGGAUAGCUAGCGAAAAAAAAAGAACAGUUAGAUAUAUCGUGAGAGAAUGGAGAUCUGGAGAAGAUGCCGGCUAACUUACAGCUUCCUCAUGGAACUCACCACAGCCCGCGUAAAAGGCGAGGAAGAAGCGGGGAAUGACAAAGACAUUGUGGAAUAUCUGCGGAUAGCAGCACGGAAUAGGGUAUGCAUAGAUAGCAGAGGAAGAAUGACUUUUCUGCAAGGAUGAAGCGAUGACACUAUCCAUUUAAAUGGCGACGAUGACGAGGGGAGCUUGCGCCACACAUCUCACAGUAGUGGCUUGACUGUACCAGCCACAGGCGCAGUUCCGAGGAACGGAGAAGAGAUUCGAC